CAAAAACAAUAUGGAAUGGGAAGAAGAAAAAGUGAUGAAACUAAUAGAACUCUAUCAUUCAAAACCAUUAUUAUGGGACCCAAAACACCGUGACUAUAAAUUGCGACCAAAACGCUACGACGCGUUAGAUGACAUUGCGAAUGAAUUGUCUACAUCCGUUAAUGAAGUGGAAAGAAAAAUAAAAAAUUUAACAAGUCACUAUUACCGCGAAAAGAAAAAAAGUGAUAGUUCGAAUAAAUCCGGAGCGGGUACCGAUGAAAUAUAUCAAAGUAAAUGGUUUGCCUACAAGUCAUUACAUUUUCUGCGCAAUAAAAAUAUGCCUACUAGGAGGAGGAAUAUUACCGACGAUAAUACGGCGGGACACAAUUCACAACUGGAUUCAGAUUCACAAUCAUCAGAAAAUUAUUUAUCACAGUUGCCGAAACCAAAUAAACGUCCUAGAAUCACUCAAAAAGAUGAUAUAAUGUCGGAAGCAUUGACUAUAAUUAUGAGGGAUAUCUUCGAACAACAAAAUGCCUCAAAGAUACCAGAAAAAGAUGAAGAUGGUUUAUUUGGAGAUUAUAUUGCGGGCCAGUUAAGAAAAAUGGAGAAGUCAACAAAAGCUAUUGUAAGACAUCGGAUCAAUAAUAUAAUAUUUGAAGCCGAAUCUGGCUCUACCGUCGGCAGCACAUAGUAAUCCGGGAUACUAUACGACGACGGCUGCAGUCUGCAUCUACAAACUACUCAACAUUUACAUACUCCGCCCAACCCAACGCUAGCCCACAAGCAGUUUAAGGCGACGCCUUGAU